AUGUCGGAAAAGGCCAUCGAGGAGAAUGUCAUCUCCUCCCAGCCCUCCCACGGCCUGGCCGAGGAAGUCGCCCGGGACGAGUUCGCCCAGCAGAAAACCUUUGACCGUGUCAUCCACAAUGCCCAGAGCGCGACCGAGAAGGAGCACAAGAUGACCUUGUGGCAAGGCAUCAAGCUCUACCCCAAGGCCGUCGCCUGGAGCAUCCUGAUCUCGACCUGCAUCUGCAUGGAGGGCUAUGACGUGUGCUUGCUGAGCAACUUUUACGCUUUCCCCCAGUUCCGGAAGAAAUACGGUAAACAGCUCCCGAAUGGGGAUUUCCAGAUCCCUGCCAGCUGGCAAUCCGGCCUCAGCAACGGCGCCAAUGUCGGCGAAAUCAUCGGUCUCAUGAUCAACGGCUGGGUCUGCGAGCGUUUCGGCUACCGCUACACCCUCAUCACAUGCCUGGCCCUCGUCGCCAUCUAUACCGCCGUGUUCUUCACCGCUCAGACCGUGGUGGCUAUCCAGGUCGCAGAGAUCCUCUGUGGCAUACCCUGGGGCGCGUUCCAGAUCUCCACGAUCACCUAUGCAUCUGAGGUCUGUCCAGUGGCACUCCGAGGAUAUCUCACGACCUACGUGAAUUUCUGCUGGGGGUUGGGACAAACGAUCGGAAUCGGUGUGAUCAAGGCAAUGCUGCCUCGAAAUGAUCAGUGGUCAUACCGCAUCCCUUAUGGACUUCAGUGGGUAUGGCCGGUUCCACUAAUUGUCGGUAUCUUUCUCGCUCCGGAAUCACCGUGGUGGCUGGUGCGGAAAGGCCGUAUCGAUGAUGCCAAAAGAUCCCUUCUCCGACUGACAUCCCUCGACCGCGAAACCGACUUUGACGCCGAUGAGACUAUUGCGAUGAUGGUCCACACGACCGCCUUGGAGGAAAAGAUUACGAAAGGUGCCUCGUACUGGGAUUGCUUCAAGGGGACCGACUUGCGACGAACUGAGAUUGUGUGCAUGGUGUGGGCCAUUCAGAACCUCUCCGGCAACUCGUUUUCAGGAUAUUCGACAUAUUUUCUUGAACAAGCUGGCCUAGCCCCGAGCAAGUCCUACGACUUUGCCCUUGGACAAUACGGGAUCAAUAUGGCUGGGGUAUUCGGAGCCUGGUUCUUGAUGACCUGGGGCAUCGGACGACGCUCGCUCUACCUCUACGGACUCUGUGGCUUAUUCUCCAUGCUGCUCAUCAUGGGAUUUUUAGGACUGGUCCCACGCGCUCACCGAGACGAAGCCGCCCUCGCUACAGGAUCGAUCAUGCUGGUGUGGGCACUUUGCUACCAGCUCACCGUGGGCACUGUCUGUUACUCGUUGGUGGCGGAGCUUUCUACACGCCGCCUACAAAUCAAGACCGUCGUACUGGGCCGCAAUCUGUACAACAUCGUCGGGAUUAUUUGCUCCGUCUUAACGCCAUACAUGCUCAACCCUGGUGAAUGGAACUGGGGCAACUACGCCGGAUUCUUCUGGGCGGGGAUCUGCUUCUGUUGCAUCAUCUACACAUACUUCCGUGUUCCAGAGCCCGCAGGUCGCAGCUUUGCGGAACUGGAUCUUCUCUUUGAGCGCGGCGUCAGCGCACGCAAGUUCGCCACCGCACACAUUGACGUCUUUGAGGAGUCGGUGGUUCAUGAAACAGUGGACGGGACAAACACGUUGAAGACCUACGCGCAGAAGAGAGAAAGCACUGUGCAAGGAAUUAGCGGUGAGGAGACGAUGCCUCCUAGACAGUUGAUAUGA